GUUGCUCUCAAGGACGCCUUCUCUCAGCAUGGCGAUGUUAUCCAAGUGAAAGUAAUAUGCCAUCCUGUCACGGGGAGAUCCAAAGGGUACGUCUUGGUCAAGUUCUCUUCAGAAACUGAAGCAGCCGCGGCGUUGGAGAAGAUGAGUGACGAGGUGCUUGAUGGAAAGAAAAUACGGGUGGAUUAUGCAAACAGCGGACAAUCUGCUGCUGUUUCUGUUGCUGCAGAUGAGUAAGGUGCCUAUCCGGA